CGUUAAAGUGAGGAGCUAGAUCCGAUUGGGAGUAGAAAGAUGGCCGCCCCCUUGUCGCGGUUUUCUUGGAACGUGUUAAGGCAGAAUCAGUUUCAAUACAAACAAGUGUUAAUUUUUCCGUGCGCGGAUCGGUUUUCACGAUGUAGACGCUUUUCUACGCAACAAGUAAAACGUCAAACUUUUUACAAAACCAAUAGAAAUGUUCUAACCUAUUCCAUUAUCUUCUCUGGUUUUGGUUAUAUUUUAUUCAAAUGGAAAGAUGAUAUUUGUGAUCGAUUUAGUAAUUUAAUGAAUUUUAUACCCACGGUACAUGCAAAAUCAAUACCCGUGUUGGAUAUUAAUCAUAACAGAGAUAAAUAUAAUUUUAUAGCUGAUGUAGUAGAAAUUUCAGCUCCUUCUGUGGUGUACAUUGAAAUCAAGGACAAUAAAAGACUUGAUUAUUUUACAGGUAAACCAAUUACUACUAGCAAUGGGUCUGGUUUCAUUGUUCAGUCAGAUGGGUUGAUAUUAACAAGUGCUCAUGUUGUAGUUAAUAGAGCAAAUACAACUGUGAAGGUACGACUUUAUGAUGGAAAUAUCUAUACUGGUAUUGUGGAGGAUGUUGAUAUGCACAGUGAUCUUGCUACUGUGCGGAUUAACAAGACCAAUCUGCCAGUAAUGAAGCUUGGUAGUUCAUCCACUAUUAGGCCAGGGGAGUUUGUGGUUGCUAUUGGAUCUCCCUUAGCUUUAAGCAAUACAAUAACUAGUGGAGUUAUAAGCAGUGUAAACAGACAAAGCGAGGAACUUGGUCUUUACAAUAAGCAGAUGGGUUACAUCCAAACGGAUGCUGCAGUUACAUUUGGAAAUUCGGGUGGUCCACUGGUCAAUUUAAACGGGGAAGCAAUUGGUAUAAGCGCGAUGAAAGUAUCAGCUGGUAUUUCGUUUGCAAUACCUAUAGAUUAUGCUAAAGAAUUUUUAAAGAAGGCAGAAAUGCGUCGGAAGGGCAAAGGUGCACAGACUGCAGUAGACAUCUCUAAGAAUCGAUACAUAGGCAUCACUAUGCUCUCCCUCACACCCAAUCUUCUCUCCGAGUUACAACACAUAGUCGAAGGAAUUCCGCAUAGCAUCAGGCACGGAGUCCUCAUCUGCAAAGUGAUCGUCGGGACACCGGCCCAUUUAGGCGGUCUGCAAGUCGGCGACAUUAUAACGCACGUGAACGGCGAGGAAGUAGCGAGCGCCGUUAACAUCUACAAGGCAUUGGAAACGGCAAAAAUUUUGAAGCUGACUGUCGUUAGAAGAAUGCAAGUGUUAAAUUUAAAAAUCGAACCGGAAGACGUGUAAAAUCAUAGCACGAUUUAUCUAACGUGCCGUUUCAAAUACACCAUUUUAGAAAUCG